UGAGGAGGGAGGGUAAUGGGACAUGGUGUCCCGGGGCUCCCCUCCCUCCCCCAUUGACCAGACUUCCUCCUGCCUUCCGAGGAGGGAAGCAGUGGCCACCGGGGCAACACUUCUGAGAACGGGCCUCGAGCCUCACAGCUCCAUCCCAAGAGGCAACAGCCCCAGGAUAGACAUGAAGCCACCCCAGGGCUGCGGCCUGAAUCAGCUCCUGCUUCUACUGGUCCUUCUGGGAGGAACUCAGGCUGACCCUGCCUCCAGCUGCUAUGGGAUCCCUGGAAUGCCUGGCCUGCCUGGGAUUCCGGGGAAAGAUGGCAGAGAUGGACUGAAGGGACCCAAGGGGGAACCAGGGAUACCAGCCAUUCCUGGGACACGUGGGCCCAAGGGCCAGAAAGGAGAUCCAGGACUCCCAGGUCACCCUGGGAAGAAUGGUCCCAUGGGACCCGAAGGGCCCCCCGGUGAUCCAGGCUCCCAGGGUCCACCAGGAAAGCCAGGGACCCCCGGCAAAUACAAGCUGAAGUAUCAGUCGGUCUUCUCAGUAUCACGGAGGACCCAGGAGUAUCCCCAGUCCAAUAACCUGGUCAAGUUCAACACAGUCAUCACCAACCCUCAAGGGGACUAUGACGUGACCACGGGCAAAUUCACCUGCAAGGUUCCAGGCCUCUAUUACUUUGUCUACCACACAUCCCAGACGGCCAACCUGUGCCUCUCCCUGUACCUGAGCGGCACCAGAAAGGCCACCUUCUGUGACCAUUUAUCCAACAAAAAGCAGGUCACCUCAGGCGGGGUCCUACUCCGUGUGGCAUUGGGCCAGGAGGUGUGGCUGGAGACCAACGACUAUAACGGCAUAGUUGGCACUGAAGGUUCUGACAGUGUCUUCUCCGGCUUCCUGCUCUUCCCAGACUAGGACCUUAGGAUCGCUUGUCCAGCCUUACCUCCCCCCAUCAUAUCCCAUAGAAUGUACCUUUGGGUUUCCCCACCCUCCACUCUUGCUUGCCUCAUGUGCUUUCUCCUAUAAAUAGAAUGAGAACUCCUUGAGGGCAGGGGCUGGUUCAUUUUUUUUUAAACUUUGUAUUAAGUAGGCACCUAAUAAAUGUUUGUUGAUUGA